UAUUUUUUAUUGUCUUUUUAUGUAUUCGAUUUUUUUGCAAAAAAAAGAGAGAUUUAUCGCUAACAUUCACGUUCUUACUUCUUGAAUUUAUAGGAAAUAGCAAUGGCGGGUAAAUCAAUUAAUUCAAUUUUGAUUUUUGGAAUAUUUGACGCAGUGGUACAGGGUGAUUAUAAAAUUCCAUUUAAUCUAUUUGUAUUAGGUACGUAGAUAAAGGCCUAGUAGGUACCUACUUAUUAAAUUAAAGUUGACACAUUUUUAUCAGCCAUUAGGUUAAAUGCUCUAAUUUCUAAUCAAGUUAACCUAUUUAUGACAAUUAUUACUUACAAAAUAAUAUUUAGCAAAGAGAAGAAGAAGUAAACAAUAUUUCAGGUUCCAAUAAUACGUAUAAAUUAAAAUGCUGCAACCAGUGAUGCACAUUUUAAAACAAAAGAACAUAAUCCUAGCCAGUGGAUCUCCAAGGCGAAAAGAACUUAUUGAGAACAUUGGACUAAAAGUCGGGCUUUGUCCAUCGCUAUUUGAAGAAAAUUUGGAUCCUAAAGAUUUCAAAUGUAUGUCUGAUUUCGUUGAAGAAACUGCAUUGCAAAAGGUUUUAGAAGUCGAAAACAGGCUUAUAAAUAAGGGUACACCGGCAGAUGUGCUCAUUGGUGCAGAUACAAUGGUAACUCUAGAUGGAACAAUGUUCGGAAAGCCAACGUCUGAACAGGAGGCCUUUGAAAUGUUAUCAAGGCUCUCUGGCAGAGGUCACACAGUUUAUACUGGCGUAGUGGUCAAAGCUUCAGACAGAGUUGUAAAAUUCACUGAAAAAACUGAUGUUUUUUUCGGCAAGUUGGAUGAAGAGCAGAUCAGGGGAUAUAUUGCUACAGGCGAGCCAAUGGAUAAAGCUGGUGGCUACGGCAUUCAGGGAGUAGGCGGUACUUUUGUGGAGAGGGUGGAAGGAGACUAUUUCACUGUAGUGGGCUUGCCUUUGUAUAGAAUGUGUAAGGUUCUGUAUGAUAUGUAUAAAGGCAAAUGAUUAUUUUUAAAACAUAACAAAAUGGGGGUAAUUUAUUAUGAGGACAAACCUCUUUGGUAUUUUUAUUUAAAUUGUGCUUGUUUUGAUAAAUUUUAUGUUUCUUUCAUUCUCU